AUGGCUGACCAAGCAUCUGCGGGGCCACGCAACUCCAAUGCCGGCGGCGGUGGCCGACGACGAGGUGGCGGACGGGGAGCUUCUCACAGCUCGAAUCGCACAGAGCAUCAUAGGAGUGACGACCAGCGUGAAGGGAACACUAGAAACUCGCGCGGUCGGGGAGGGAGGAGAGGACGAGGCAACGAAGGGUCUGAUCGCAAUCACCCUCGAGCAUCACCACCCGGCUCGGGUCCUGAAGGAACAGGCACCUCUGGUGAUCACCCGACUGGAGAUGCCAUAACAGGAAAGGGUGAGGCGACAGUAGGCACGCAGGUGGUUGCAACGGCGACGGAUGAGCCGGACGACGGUGAAGUCUGCUUUAUCUGCGCCUCCAAAGUCGUACACACGUCCGUCGCGCCUUGUAACCACAGGACUUGCCAUAUAUGCGCGCUUAGAUUGAGAGUCUUGUACAAAACCAAAGCCUGCGCCCAUUGUCGAACCGAGUCACCGUUUGUGAUAUUCACCGAUGACCCCGUCAAACGUUUCGAGGAUUUCAAAGGCCCGCAAAUAGCUCGAACGGAUGACAACCUGGGAAUCAAGUAUGAAAAUGACGAUAUAUUCGGAGACACGGUCAUUUUGCUGAGAUACAACUGUCCGGACGCGAGUUGCGAUGUUGCCUGCCUCGGAUGGCCCGAUCUACACCGUCACGUCAAGAGCAAGCAUGGGAGAUCUAUGUGCGAUCUCUGCACUCGUAACAAAAAGGUAUUCACACACGAGCAUGAACUUUUCACUAUCGCGCAGCUUCGCAAACACGAGAAGUACGGAGAUGACACGCCCGGUGCUAUCGACCAAAGUGGUUUUAAAGGGCAUCCCGAAUGUGAAUUCUGUCGCGAACGCUUCUAUGGAGAUGAUGAGCUCUACACUCACUGCAGAGACAAGCAUGAGCGGUGCCAUAUAUGUGACCGACGGCCUGGCAAUCGCCAGCACCAGUAUUACAUCAAUUAUGACGCGCUUGAAGACCACUUUCAAAAGGAUCACUUUCUUUGCUUGGAUAAGGAAUGCUUAGAUAAGAAAUUUGUUGUUUUUGAAUCUGAGAUGGAUCUGAAGGCACACCAACUGGAAACUCAUCCUAAUGGACUUUCCAAAGACGCCCGGAGAGAUGCCCGCACAGUCAACAUAUCUACAUUCGAUUAUCGUGCCCCCUACCAACCCCAGAGGCAACGCCGAGGCGGUCGCGAAGGACGAGGUGCGGGCAGAGGACGUGAUCCAAAUGCAGAGUCGCUACCUAUCUCAAGUGCCCAACCAUUACGACGAGAUGAGUUAGCAUAUCAAAGACAAAUGGCUAUCCAAAGUGCACAAUCCGUCUCGACGCGGAGCUUCGGCGGACAGCUUACCUCGCGGGAAACACCCGUUACUCGACCUACUCCAAGUCAAACUCCCAGUGCGACGCCUCCAGUUCCUCCUGUCACCGCUGGUAUUGAAAAUCUCACCCUAAACAACGCAUCCAUUAGCACCCUCUCGCCCCAGGACCAGGCCCGUCAACUUCGUCAUGCUGCCGUGAUUGAGCGCGCUUCAAACCUUCUUCAAAAUGACGCAUCGAAGCUUUCGGAAUUCCGCACUCGAGUAUCGAAUUAUCGCACUUCCACCAUUUCCGCAAAUGAUUUAAUCGACUCCUUUUUCUCGUUAUUCGACACCCCGACCUCAGAAUUGGGUAAACUGAUAAAAGAACUGGCGGAGAUAUAUGAGAACGAUAAUAAAAGGACCGGUCUGCUUUCCGCAUGGAACAACUGGCGCGCCAUAAACGAAGAUUAUCCAGCUCUUCCAGGCGCAAGCGGCGGCAUGCUUCCAGGGCUAUCCUCAAGCACAAUAGGGUCCGGGGGCAAACGCGUACUACGCCUGAAAUCCUCAACCGCACAGUCUUCGCGUUCUGCAGUUGGCCGCGCAGGCAGUAUAUCAAGUAAUCCAUUCCCGCCACUAUCAACUCCAACAACUACCAAACGUGCUGCGGCGACCGUUCCAGCAUGGAAUAGUACACCGGCCACUCGGCCCUCGGUCAUGACCACGUCGUAUGCGCGACCUGCACCACGGGCUUCAACGGGACCGGCUCCGAGAACAACCGAUCGCAACGCAUUUCCAGCUCUGCCUGCGGCUCCGAAGCCGAACACGCUGAUGGCCGGUCUUACAAGAGGAACAGUACGUUGGGAUGACAGACGAGGUCCAGCCCCAGCUGCUUGGGGUAAUGAAGAUACAAAUUCUGGCGCUUCUACGUCUGGGGAUACCGAUGAAGUGGGUGUAUCUACUGGAGGGAAAAAAGGAAAGGGGAAGAAAGGCAAACAAGUUCUGUUUCAAUUCGGAUGA